AUGGGCAACUGCUCCAACCGGGAGGAGAGCAAGAGCGAGGACGGCGGGGAGUGCGGCGCCGACUUGGUGUGCCUGGAGACGGCGAAGAGCCUCUCGAGCAACGCCGUGGUGACGGCCACGCGCUACCACAGCUCCACCAGCAGCGGCAGGAAGCUCGAGGACGACUACCACGUGAGCACCAAGGUCCUCGGCUCGGGCAUCUGUGGCAGCGUCGUGCUCGCAAACAAUCGCGUGGACCGGCGCCGGUAUGCCCUGAAGACGAUCCACAAGGCGCGGGUGCCGGCAAAGAGGCUCGGUCGGCUCUCCACCGAGGUGGAGAUCCAUCUGGGAUUGGACCAUCCGAAUAUUGCUCGGCUGCAGGACGUGUACGAGACUGGGGACAAGAUCCAGCUUCUCACGGAGUGCUGCGAAGGCGGCGAGUUGUACGAUCGCCUCCACAAGAGAGGCGUGUUUGACGAUGCAGAGGCCGCGGACGCAAUGCGCCAGAUGCUCCGUGCCGUCAGCUACCUCCAUUCCAGCGAUAUAGUCCACAGAGACUUGAAGCUGGAGAACCUGCUCUACGUGUCCCCCGAGUCCUCCCAGCUAAAGUUGAUUGACUUCGGCUUCGCGCGUGUCUGGGACCCCUCGACGCUGAUGACGGCUUCGUGCGGCUCCGUUGCGUACGUCAGCCCGGACGUGCUUUCGGGGAAGGGCUACACCAACAAGUGCGACAUGUGGAGCCUCGGCGUCAUCAUCUGGAUGUUGCUCACCGGCUACCCGCCGUUCCACGGGGACGAGAAGCGGAUCAUGAGCAACAUCAGGGCGGGCAAACCCGACUGGAGCCACCAGCACCGGUGGAAGAAGGUGCGGGAGCCCGCCGUGGAUCUCGUGAGCAAGCUGCUCGCGGUCGACCCCAACGAGCGCUUGAGCGCGAGGGAGGCGCUUCAGCACCCCUGGCUCUCUGGACACGCCCCGCCCACCUUGGUCCUCCGGCGCGACCUGCUGCGGUCCCUGCACUGCUACUCGGAGGCAUCCACGGUCCGCCGCGCGGUGCUGCAGCUGAUGGCCCGGGAGCUGCCUCCCGCAGAGGCCCAGGGGCUGCACGACACGUUCCUGGCGCUUGACACCUGCGGCCACGGCACUCUGAGCCUUCAUGACCUCAAGCGUGCCGUCCGCGGCGAUGCGGAGAUGUCGCCGGCCACGCCCGCGCGCCGACUUCGCCGCGCGGACUCUGGCGUUCUAGACGAGCUGUGCGGCAUGCUGGAUGCGAACGGGGACGACCGCAUCAAUUGCUCGGACUUCCUGGCGGCGGCGCUGGAGGGACGGGCGCGGGGGCGGGACUGCGACGUGCUGAUGCGCGCGACCUUCCGCCGGCUGGACGCCGACGACUCCGGGACCAUCGGCGCGGAGGACUUGAGGGCCGUCCUCGGCGACGCCUUCGAGGGCACAGGCGUGGAGGUGGAGGCGUUGCUGGCCGAGGCCGCCCCAGAGGACCCGCAGGGGCUCAGCUACGCGGCCUUCGUGCGCCUGCUGCAGGGCCCCCCGCGCGGCCAGCCAGCGCUCGCCAGCGCGGGGGGCGACGCCGCUGGAGCCGACAUCGGGGGCGGUGGGGCCGCCGGCGGGCGGCGGCCUGCAGACGCGCGGGCUCCUGCGGUCCAGGCCGUCCGCGGCGCCCGGGAAGGCGGGCGUCUGAGCUGGCUGGGUGUCGGGGGCUCUCGUUCAAGCAGUGGCGCAGCGUCCUGGCUCGCCUGUAAUCGCGCCCUUGAGCAGAGGCCGGCCCCGUGGAGCAAAGCCUCCCCGGUGCGAGCUCCUGGCUCGGCAGAUUGCGGCAGGGGCGAGCCGCUGCGGCAGCAGCAGCUGCCUGCCCCGCGGCUGGGCUGCCCGCCCGUGGCGCAGGCCCCCAGCGAGUGGGUCCGGGGCUGA